CAGAUGAUUCUAUCACAUCAUUGGUCCAGACAUACGUCAAUCAGAGGUUCUACUGACGUAGUACGUGUUUGUUAGGUGAGAGGACAGAGGUGCGUAGAAGUGCUCAAACUAAAGCUAAACAGUAUGACUCUGAAUAACUAAUACAAACUUGUAAAGACACUCUCACAGAAGAAGUGAUGUAUUACUCUAGUAAAAGACGAGGUGAAGAUGGAAUCGCCGCUAUUAUUGACUUCCUAUUGUCCAAUGCCCGACUGGUGCUUGGGGUGGGCGGAGCUGCGGUGCUCGGUAUUGCUACAUUGGCUGUAAAACGGCUGAUAGAACGAGCGGGCAGACCUCCUGAUGAAAAGCCUGACAAGAAGAUGACGGACAGCUGGGAGGAGUUAAGCCUGGUUAGCUCCUCCCCCAAACAGCUCCGCAAAGGUAUUGAAGGAGUGGUCAUGAAACAGAUUGCAGCUGCAACAAAAAAAGCCGAUCUGUCUCAACCAAUCCCCCUGCCCUCCCCUGAGCCCCAGCGACCGAAGCGCACGGAUCUCUGCGCCAUGACGUUCGCAGAGCGCCUGCAGCAGUAUUACAGAACCCGAGUGUGUCUGUCAGCUGAGGAAGUUUGUGUAGCCCAGCAGCGAGCGUUAGACAUAGCCACAGAGAUCCAGGCCUUCGUGCACUCCAAACAUCCAGACAUGCCAUUGGGAGACAUGACGCUAGCGGGGUCGCUGCUCGACGACCUGCAGGUGGUAAAAGCCGACCACGCCUGCCUGAUCGUGCCCCUACAGUUGGAGUCCAGUCUGUGGACGCCUAUUGCUGGAGAGGACACGUUUGUGGGCCACCCUCAGUACUGCAUGGUGCGCCGCGAAAACCUUGAAUACUUCCCGCGGGGGCGGAGCUACUGGGAUCGAUACUUGUUGGGGGGAUACUUGUCGUCACGGCUCGUUUCUGAGCAAUUGGGAAAGGCGGUAAUGGAGUCUAUGAACUGGCCGUCGCUAAGCGGGACUCUCGAUUGUGAUGUGCGACCAGUGCUCGGGUCUCCUGAGCUCAAACUGGAGAUUCAGGGGUUAUUUCCAAAUAGUUACGAUAAUGGAGAAAACUUUUAUAUUACUAUUUUGCCAACUGUCCGGCAUGGUAAGAUGACGCUUACUGCCCAACGAGAGAUCACGGGGGCUUUCGACUACGUCUGGUACCAGAGCCUAUACACCAGCGAAACGACUAAACUGGCCACGCUCGACAAAGAGGACUCCGGGUCGGAGGUCAGAAGGAAGUGCCUGAAAACAUUAAAGGCGGUGUGUCGCAACUGCCCCGCGUUACGCAAGCUUAACGGAAGCCAUCUUAGCAACGUCAUCCUGCACAUGAGCGAUAAAGACGCCGAUUGGUCGGAAUCUGCCUUGGGUGACAGAUUCUUGCAGGCGAUCACAGAGCUGAUCGGUUACCUGGAGACUGGAAUCUUGCCUAGUUAUUUCAAACCGAAUGUGAAUCUGCUUCAGGGUUUUACGGAGGAUGACAUCGAUGAAAUGGGCUUUAUGCUUUACUGCGCUGUAACUGAACCUGAGAUACUACUGAUUUGAAAAUGAAACUUACAGAUGCACAAUGUAUUACAUUUUAUUAAUCUCAAUGGCACACUUUUAAAGGUUUAAGUCUCCAAAAACAGAUCAGUUUACAUCUUGUCAUCACACAUGUUUUUUUUCUGUGGAACAAACAAAGAUAUUUUGCAGAAUAUCCCAGAAAAAUUGGAUUGAUUGUUAAAUUAAUAGUUCACUUGAAAAAUAAAACUCUGAAUAUAUUUAAUGGUUCAUGUGCUAUAUUUUAAAGUGAUACUCCAGCCAAAUAUCCAAAUUACCCCAAGCAAUCUGAGAUGCACAUGUCCAUCAUUUUCAGAUGAACCAAAUUGGAGUUAUUUUAGUAAAUGUCCUUGCUCUUCCAACCUUUAUAAUGGUAGAAAACAUGGAUAAAAGCAAAACUUCUGACUUUAAACCCCAAAAAGAGCGUCAUCUUUCAAGGAAGUAAUCCACAUGGCUCCAAGGGGUUAAUUAAGGGCUACUGUGGAUAAUCAAUGCAAUUUUAUAAGAAUAACUAGCUUCUAGUUACAACGCCAUCUCACGAGAGUCAAUGCGCACAUACCUAUGGUAACCAAUGCUCACUACGCUAAACCUCUCUAGUGAGUCCAACAUGGUGUCGUUACCAGAAGAAUUGAAUUUUAAAAACAAAAUUGCAUCGAUUACCCACAUGAGACCUUUAUUAACCCAUUGGAGCUGUGUAGAUCAACGUUCUGAAGGAUGGAUACGCUUUUUUUGGGUUUGAAGUCAGCUGUUGUUCCUUGAUCCAUGUUUUCUACCAUUUAUAAAGCUUGGAAGAACAAGGACAUUUACUAAAAUAACUCCAUAUGUGUUAGUUUGAAAGAUGAUGGACAUGUGUAUCUCGGAUUGCUUUAGGGUGAGUAAAUCAUGAGGUAAUUUAGAUUUUGGCUGGAGUAUCGCUUUAAAGGGACACUCCACUUUUUUUGAAUAUAUACUCCUUUUCCAGCUCCCCUAGAGUUAAACAUUUGAUUUUUACCGUUUUGGAAUCCAUUCAGCUGAUCUCAGGGCUGGCGGUAUCACUUUUAGCAUAGCUUAGCACAAUCCAUUGAAUCUGAUUAGACCAUUAGCAUCGCGCUCAAAAAUAAAGAGUUUAUUUAUCGAAAUAUAAGAGUUUCGAUAUUUUUCCUAUUUAAAACUUGGCAAUGAUAUUACGCAGCGCCUGAAAAUAGUCCGCUGCUAUUGAAAGAUACUAAGGGGACUAUUAUCAUUGCAGCCAUGUUAAGUCCUUGAUUAUAAGAAUGAGAGUAUAGUUCCUAACCAUAUCUGCCAAGAAAAUCGCAACUUUUAAUUUUCUGUCGGUCACAAGUUUUAAAAAAGAAAAAUAUUGAAACUCUUUGGUUAUUUUUUAGCGCAAUGCUAAUGGUCUAAUCAGAUUCAAUUGAUUGUUCUAAGCUAUGCUAAAAGUGGUACCGCCAGACCCGGAGAUCAGGUGAAUGGAUUCCAAAAAAGUAAAAAUCAAAUGUUUAACUCUAGGGGAGCUGGAAAAUGAGCAUAUUUUCAAAAAAUGUGAAGUGUCCCUUUAAGUCAUCUAACGCUAUAUGAGAACUUUGUUACAGUUCAAAAAUUAGGUUUGAACAUAUUCUGGGUUGCCAUUUUGUUUUAUGUGACACACAAAAUCCAAUAUGAUUUGAUUUUGUUUAUGUCAAACCAAUCAGGGUAAAGUUUAAAUACAUGUAAGACUGAGCUAUGGUAUAGUUUUUUUUU